CGAAGCUCUGACACCUGCCCCAACAAGCAUUGUUGGAAAAUUAUUUACAUAGUGGCGCAAACUCCCUUACUGCUUUGGAUAUAAAUCCAGGCAGGAGGAGGUAGCUCUAAGGCAAGAGAUCUAGGACUUCUAGCCCCAGAACUUUCAGCCGAAUACAUCUUUUCCAAAGGAGUGAAUUCAGGUCCUUGUAUCACUGGCAGCAGGGCGUGACCAUGGAGAAGCUGUUGUGUUUCUUGGUCUUGACCAGCCUCUCUCAUGCUUUUGGCCAGACAGACAUGUCGAGGAAGGCUUUUGUGUUUCCCAAAGAGUCGGAUACUUCCUAUGUAUCCCUCAAAGCACCGUUAACGAAGCCUCUCAAAGCCUUCACUGUGUGCCUCCACUUCUACACGGAACUGUCCUCGACCCGUGGGUACAGUAUUUUCUCGUAUGCCACCAAGAGACAAGACAAUGAGAUUCUCAUAUUUUGGUCUAAGGGUAUAGGAUACAGUUUUACAGUGGGUGGGUCUGAAAUAUUAUUCGAGGUUCCUGAAGUCACAGUAGCUCCAGUACACAUUUGUACAAGCUGGGAGUCCGCCUCAGGGAUCGUGGAGUUCUGGGUAGAUGGGAAGCCCAGGGUGAGGAAGAGUCUGAAGAAGGGAUACACUGUGGGGGCAGAAGCAAGCAUCAUCUUGGGGCAGGAGCAGGAUUCCUUCGGUGGGAACUUUGAAGAAAGCCAGUCCCUGGUGGGAGACAUUGGAAAUGUGAACAUGUGGGACUUUGUGCUGUCACCAGAUGAGAUUAACACCAUCUAUCUUGGCGGGCCCUUCAGUCCUAAUGUCCUGAACUGGCGGGCACUGAAGUAUGAAGUGCGAGGCGAAGUGUUCACCAAACCCCAGCUGUGGCCCUGAGGCCCAGCUGUGGGUCCUGAAGGUACCUCCCGGUUUUUUACACCGCAUGGGCCCCACGUCUCUGUCUCUGGUACCUCCCGCUUUUUUACACUGCAUGGUUCCCACGUCUCUGUCUCUGGGCCUUUGUUCCCCUAUAUGCAUUGCAGGCCUGCUCCACCCUCCUCAGCGCCUGAGAAUGGAGGUAAAGUGGUCUGGGAGCUCGUUAACUAUGCUGGGAAACUGUCCAAAAGAAUCAGAAUUUGAGGUGUUUUGUUUUCAUUUUUAUUUCCUUUUAAGUCGGACAGAUCUUGGAGAUAAUUUCUUACCUCACAUAGAUGAGAAAACUAACACCCAGAAAGGAGAAAUGAUGUUAUAAAAAACUCACAAGGCAAGAGCUGAGAAGGAAGCGCUGAUCUUCUAUUUAAUUCCCCACCCAUGACCCCCAGAAAGCAGGAAGGCAUUGCCCACAUUCACAGGGCUCUUCAGUCUCAGAAUCAGGACACUGGCCAGGUGUCUGGUUUGGGUCCAGAGUGCUCAUCAUCAUGCCAUAGAACUGCUGGGCCCAGGUCUUCUGAAAUGGGAGGCCCAGCAAUACCACGCAGUCCCUCCACUUUCUCAAAGCACACUGGAAAGGCCAUUAGAAUUGCCCCAGCAGAGCAGAUCUGCUUUUUUUCCAGAGCAAAAUGAAGCACUAGGUAUAAAUAUGUUGUUACUGCCAAGAACUUCAAUGACUGGUUUUUGUUUGCUAGCAGUGCUUUCUUAAUUUUAUGGCUCUUCUGGGAAAAUCCUCCCCUUUUCCACACGAACCUUGUGGGGCUGUGAAUUCUUUCUUCAUCCCCACAUUCCCAAUAUACCCAGGCCACAAGAGUGGACGUGAACCACAGGGUGUCCUGUCAGAGGAGCCCGUCUCCCAUCUCCCCAGCUCCCUAUCUGGAGGAUAGUUGGAUAGUUACGUGUUCCUAGCAGGACCAACUACAGUCUUCCCAAGGAUUGAGUUAUGGACUUUGGGAGUGAGACAUCUUCUUGCUGCUGGAUUUCCAAGCUGAGAGGACGUGAACCUGGGACCACCAGUAGCCAUCUUGUUUGCCACAUGGAGAGAGACUGUGAGGACAGAAGCCAAACUGGAAGUGGAGGAGCCAAGGGAUUGACAAACAACAGAGCCUUGACCAUGUGGAGUCUCUGAAUCAGCCUUGUCCGGAACCAGAUCUACACCUGGACUGUCCAGGUCUAUAAGCCAAUAAAGCCCCUGUUUACUUGA